UCCAUUUGGUUACAUUCGAUGUACAGAAGAAUAAUUCGAUUAAUUCCCUAAUUAUCCCAAAAACCGGUUCCCCAAAUGGAUCAAAUCGUUUGAAUAAUUUGCCGAGCAAAAGAAAAAAAAAAUUACUCCUCGAUUCCUCAGAGAGUGAACCCGGAAAUUCCCCCCUAUUUUUCAAAACUCAUGUCGCCUAUUCGUCGUUCCCUGUGUUUAUUUAUGGUGCCAUGGGUGUUGAUUAUUAUAGGGUUAGGGUGUGGUUCUGGGUUGGGACAUGCUCUGAAGGUGCCGUUUAGAGUAAACGACGUGCUUCCCGUUCUGCCACGCGGGAUAUCAUGGCCUGUUCUCAAUAACUUGCACAGUGCCGUUGAUUUGCUCCCUUAUUUCGUUGGCUCUGUUACUCCCACCAAUGGCUCCAUUCAAUGGAAAGGUGCUUGCUUUUAUGAUAACAAAGCCAAACUUCAACUCACCAUGCCUCACAAUGAUGAUGAUCAUGAUGAUGAAACACCUUUGGGUGGUGCCAUUCUCUAUCUCAAGACAGAGGCUGCACAUAGCUGGACAUGUAUGGAUCUAUAUGUGUUUGCAACACCUUAUAGGAUUACAUGGGACUAUUACUUCUCUUCACGAGAACAUACCUUGAAGUUUGACUCAUGGGAAGAGCCUGCUGAGUUGGAAUAUGUGAAGCAGCAUGGCGUUUCUGUGUUUCUGAUGCCAUCUGGGAUGCUGGGAACGUUGCUUUCUCUGAUUGAUGUUUUGCCUUUAUUUUCUAACACUGUAUGGGGUCAGAAGGCUAACCUAGAGUUUUUGAAGAAACACAUGGGGGCUACGUUUGAGAAACGCGGUGGGCCUUGGCGUGCGACUAUUGAUCCUGCAGAUGUUCAUUCGGGAGAUUUCUUGGCUGUGUCGAAGAUUCGUGGCAGGUGGGGAGGUUUUGAGACACUGGAAAAGUGGGUGACUGGUUCAUUUGCUGGUCAUACUGCAGUUUGCUUGAAGGAUGAGAUGGGUGAUUUAUGGGUUGGUGAAUCUGGGCAUGAGAAUGAGAAGGGUGAAGAAAUAAUAGUGGUAAUUCCAUGGGAUGAAUGGUGGGAAUUGGCUCUUAAAGAUAGUUCCAAUCCACAGAUUGCCUUGCUUCCCCUGCAUCCAGAAGUGCGUGCAAAAUUUAACUCCACUGCAGCGUGGGAGUAUGCUCGGAGCAUGUCUGGCAAGCCAUAUGGUUAUCACAACAUGAUAUUCAGUUGGAUUGACACUGUAGCUGACAACUAUCCUCCACCUCUUGAUGCUCACUUGGUAAUUUCUGUCAUGUCUAUGUGGACUAGAUUGCAGCCAGCUUAUUCUGCAAAUAUGUGGAAUGAAGCAUUGAAUAAGCGGUUAGGGACUGAGGGUUUGGAUUUGCAUGAUAUUAUAGUAGAGACUGAGAAGCGUGGGAUACCUUUUGAUCAAUUACUCACCAUUCCAGAACAAGAUGAAUGGGUAUACAGUGAUGGGAAAUCAACAACAUGUGUUGCCUUUAUUCUUUCAAUGUAUAAAGAAGCUGGAGUUUUUGGUCCCAUUUCUAACUCCAUUCAAGUAACUGAGUUCACUAUUCGUGAUGCAUACAUGCUCAGAAUUUUUGAGGAUAACCAAACACGCCUACCAAGUUGGUGCAACAAUGAGAGUGACCGGCUUCCUUUCUGCCAGAUUCUUGGCGAAUAUAGGAUGGAACUUCCUGGGUAUAACACCUUGGAGCCAUAUGCCAACAUGAAUGAGUACUGCCCUUCUCUUCCUCCAACUUAUGAUAGGCCUUCUCAAUGUUAGAUCCAUCUUUUUUCCAUCACUUGUUAUUUUGAAUUGCCUGUUAAAUUAAACUUAAGGCAUCAGCUACUUUGUUGUUGUAAAAUUGUCUAUAAACCACGGGUCACAACUCACAAGGCAAUGUGUAUCUACAGCUUGAUAGUCAAGUAUAAUUAAUAUUAAAAAAAAAAACUGUAAAAGAUUGUUACUCAAUCUUCAUGAAGACAAGCAAACUGCUUUACAGCUCGUAUGGUGAUGUUGAGUCGUUUGGCCUAUAUCUAAACUGACAUUCACAAAGGAGAAACCAGAGACUAACAUAACCAGGCAAAUCAUAAUGGAGAGUUGGAUUAGCUGAAAAGUGAAAACUUGUAAUCUCGCACUCUCAGAUCCACUGCCCAAUAAUGCAAUAGAAAUUGUGGUGGCUGCAAUGGCAAUACCUCAAUACAGGUCUGUUAUAUUGCUUGUUAUGCAGGUUCUGUCAUCUGAUUCUGUUGCUUGGUCUAACUAAAUGCAUAGUCUUCCUACUUAGUGAAGAGCGGUGUUUAGCUGAUCAGAGGAUAUAAAGACAAUAAGAUUAUGCUUGCAAAUGAUGAUGGGGGGUUUUAUUGUAGACAAGCUCAUAGAUAAGUGAUCUUUGCAGUGACAGAUGCACUAUAAAAUAUAUGAAAAAUGGACAAUGAACAUGACUGAUAAUCACUUGAGCCUAGAGCUGCUCGACAACAUGAAGCACGGCAAACAACCCUAUGUAAUUUAUGUUUAUGUC